GUGUACCUGAAGCUCCGAAUGAAAAUACGACUUCAAUUGUUAUUCAACUGGCGAAUAACCUAGGGGUGAAUUUAAAUGAGAAAGAUAUUUAUGCCAGUCAUCGUCUUCCAUCAAAAGGCAAAAUCAAACCAAUUAUUGUUGGCUUUAUUCGAUAUAACGAUAGGAAUAAUUUCCUUCAACGUCGUUGUCAACUGAAAACUAUUGCUGAUUGUGAAAAGAUUUAUGUGAAUGAACAUUUGACACAAUCAAAUUCAAGCUUGUUUUAUUAUGCUAAACAAAAUUUAUCAAAAUUAACUGUGUAUACAAGAAACGGUAAUGUUUAUUAUCGUAAUGGCGAUAAAGCAGGUUAG